CCAGCUUCCAGCCUACCCUGCAUCUCUUCCCUCUGAAUUGCAGGAACCCUCCCAGCCUCCAUGCCGCCUUUCCUGAUCACCCUCUUCCUCUUUCACUCUUGCUGCCUCCGAGCAAAUGGCCACCUCCGUGAAGGAAUGACAUUGCUGAAGACUGAGUUUGCACUUCGCCUCUACCAGAGUGUGGCCGCGUGUAGAAAUGAGACGAACUUUGUCAUCUCUCCUGCUGGUGUGUCCCUCCCCCUGGAGAUCCUGCAGUUUGGAGCAGAAGGGAGCACUGGUCAGCAGCUGGCAGAUGCCCUGGGGUACACUGUCCAUGACAAAAGGGUGAAAGAUUUCUUGCAUGCUGUUUAUGCCACACUACCCACCUCCAGCCAAGGCGCCGAGAUGGAGCUGGCCUGCAGCCUUUUUGUGCAAGUGGGAACGCCACUGUCCCCCUGCUUUGUGGAGCACGUCUCCUGGUGGGCUAACAGCAGCCUGGAACCAGCCGACCUCGGUGAGCCCAAUAGCACCACCAUCCAGACUAGCGAAGGGGCCUCCAGAGAGACUGCAGGUGGGGGCCCCAGUGGGGGCCCUGAUGGCUGGCCGUGGGAGCAAGUCAGUGCAGCAUUUGCUCAGCUUGUGCUUGUGAGCACCAUGUCCUUCCAAGGCACUUGGCGGAAGAGAUUCUCCUCCACAGACACACAGAUCCUGCCUUUCACCUGUGCCUAUGGCCUCGUCCUUCAGGUCCCCAUGAUGCACCAAACGACCGAGGUCAACUACGGUCAGUUCCAGGACACUGCAGGCCAUCAGGUGGGGGUGCUGGAGCUUCCUUACCUUGGAAGUGCAGUGAGUCUGUUCCUGGUGCUGCCCCGUGACAAAGACACCCCCCUGAGCCACAUCGAGCCACACCUCACAGCCAGCACCAUUCACCUCUGGACCACCAGCCUGAGGAGAGCCAGGAUGGAUGUGUUCCUGCCCAGGUUUAGGAUCCAAAAUCAAUUCAACUUAAAAAGCAUUUUAAAUUCUUGGGGAGUCACCGAUCUUUUUGAUCCACUCAAAGCUAACUUGAAAGGAAUUUCAGGCCAAGAUGGCUUUUAUGUUUCUGAAGCAAUCCACAAGGCCAAGAUUGAAGUUUUGGAGGAAGGCACCAAGGCAUCUGGAGCCACAGCUCUGUUGUUAUUGAAAAGGUCUCGGAUUCCUAUUUUUAAAGCAGAUCGGCCAUUCAUCUAUUUCCUGAGAGAACCUAACACAGGUAUUACAGUAUUUUUUGACAGGAUUCAGAUAAUUUAUCAGUGUCUCUCUAGCAACAAGGGCUCAUUUGUCCACUAUCCCCUCAAAAAUAAGCAUUCUUUCUAGCUGUUUUUAUGGUGCUUCAGAAGCUUCCCAGUUGCUGUCUUGUAUCCUAAGGGGACUUCAUAAGUACAAAGGAAACUUAUCCUCCAUGUUUUUUACCUUCUCAUUCUCUCAGCUCAUAUAUAGUUAAUGUAGAUUUUUUUUUUUUUAAUGCUAUAGGUUUCUACUUCUGAAGACACUUGGAAAAAUCAUGAAAGUAAAAUAAAUUAUAAAUCUUGCCCUUUUUUCCCUUUGUCCCCUAGCUUUCUUAUCAUUUUAGAGUUUUUUCAGGUCACUAGAGUACACCAGAGUAGAGUAGUCCUCUUGUGAUCCUAGUAUUCUAAUGAAUGCACCUGGAUUUCUAUACUGUUCUGCUGAUCUUUCUCAAAAAUCAAAUGUUUGCCCUAGUACUUUUAAGUCCUACUACAUAACCUUAUGGUAAUCCAAAGAUGGUGUGGUACCGGCAAAGCCUCAGUACAUCAGAAGGACACACAAAUAUUCUUAGGCAUCGACAAUAUUGAACAAAGUCUUUAGAUUAUUUCUCUUAAUGUUCUUCCUCCCCCACUCACAAUUACUUAGCCUAGGAAGGAAAAGAGAUUCUCAGUUAAGAGUUGUUGGCAAGUCUAAACAGUGUAUUAAAAAGAAAUAGGAUAGAACAAGACUAAUAAAAUCAAGCAAAGGUGGAUCUACUUUAACUAAACAUCAGGCAUUACUUUUAUUUAUGGAGAAAAAUGUCAAAAGUUAGAAUGAAAAUUAUGCAUAGUUUUACAUAAAUUGUUAAGGAAAUACUGUCAACAUCAUUUUAUCUGAGAAUCAUUUGCAUCCUGCUGUACCUUGUGCUAGAAAUCAAAGGAACAUUUUUGUGACGAGAAAGAUAUAAACCAUUCACUAGAAAAUAAUCUAUUUGGGAUUAUUUGGAGAGAAAAAGUCCAUCAACAGAGUAUGUCUUCCUAGUAUUUCACCAUGAUCAUCCCAACCACAUAACGAUUAGAUGAAAAUAUCAUUUAUCACCCAGAACAGGCGGCAGAGAGCCUUCUCUUAGAAAGGACACGUCAAAAAAAUGAAAGAUGAGAAAAAGGACAGGUUCUACUCCCUAAGGAAACAAAGAGACAGGACUACAUUUGAACAGAAAGGUCAUUGCCAAAAGCCAAUAGCCAAUAAAGGUUGAUAGGUACAAGAGAGAUUCUGAUUUUGGAAUUCAAGUGCAUAAAAAUGAUGUAAAGUCCUUAAACAAGGAAAAGACACACCACUAUUUCAAUGGUAGGAGUUUUCAGAACUGCCUCAGUAAUCAGAAUGAAAAUAUAAGGAUAAUCCAAAACCAGUUCCACAAUCCACUGGAAUUCUAAUAGUCCUUGUGACUUUAUUUACCUCUAUCUGGGAGGCAUUAGCCUACAUCACACAACACAGUGGCUGCUCUUCUGGUGAUGGUUAUGGAAGAGUUUAGAAAUGAGUCUCAGCCUUCAUUAUUUCCAACUGACAAAUCUUACUAAGAGCAACUAAUGAAUCAAUCAGCAAAUGAGAAACAUGGGAGACGUUAAAAAAAAAAGAUUUGAAAACCUCAAGAUUAAACUUUCCAAGAAUAUCAUUUGUCGAGCCUUAAGUCAUUCAGUGACAUAAAGGGCCUAACAGACAUGAUGUUUCCCCUAGAUGUAUUUCCCUUCCCCUUUGACAAUAAUUCUACAACAAGUAUUCUAAUUUAAUAUACCCAUAUUUUUUUUUAAAUGAAAAAAGCCUGAGGGAGAUGAGAUAUUAACCUUUAGUUCUGAUAGGUUUCAAACCCUCCUGACCAGGUUUUAGGAUGAGGUGAGAACAGUGGCAGAGAGAUAAAGGACAAAAAGAAGAGAUGAACAAAACUGCUACUUCUCACCUCCCUCCAGGGUUCAUUCAGAAAAAUGUAUUAAAGGUCAUGAGCAAUCUGUGAAAUAGGAAAUAAAACUUUCUGAUCAGGAAAGCUGCUCAAUAUUGGGAUGGGCUGAAUCUCUUUCCUAGAUACUCUUGUUAAGUAUGAAUUUUUAUCUGAAUGACUUCUAAUCCCUCCUAGUAAUUCCAGAAUCUAAAUAUAUAUAAUUUAGGAACAGACAAUAUAUUCUGGAUUUUGUGUAACUCUCAAUGAAUUUAGCAAUGUGACUACAGGCAAUUACCUUAACAAUUCCAUCUAUUAAAUGUUAUCUUGCAUUACUUAAAAGUAUUUGUAUAGAAGUAAACAAAGCUUAAAGAACUGCAUAUGAAAAUACUAUAUAAUAUUAAAUUCUUCUUUUUCUUGACAGGGUUUGUCUUCAGUAUUGGGAGAGUUUCAAAUCCCCUAGACUAAAUGCAUGUUCUCCACUUUCAUCAAUGCUUUUCUUCAUAAAGUUAUAAUUUCAUUUUGCUAUACCCUUGAAAUUUAAAAAAAUGUCUGAUAAAGUGUAAAAAGCUAAGGGUAUGUGAUUUUCAAUAUUAUAAACCUAAAAAUACUUCAAUUUUUAAAUUUUAUAAGUUUAUUUUGCCUACUCUUAAUCCAAAUCUAUUUUGACCUUCUUUUCUACUGCUUACCCCCCAAACCACUAAAAGGCACAGCAGUGAUCAUGAAUGGUGAGUGAGUCAGGCCAUAAGAUUGCUUCCUCAGUAUGGAUACUCUAGGCCAUGUUGAAUUGAGGGUGGAGAAUGAAUAGCGUGGUUUUCCUUAUCCUGUGAAACUCAGGGGGGAUGCAAAAUGAGCAAAGUCAUCUUAAAGGUGUUUCCUUUCCAUUUAGCUUAUAAAUAAAACAGAGUUUAAGUGUGAGAACAGCAGAGCAGAACAAAGAGGCCUCCAAUUUGUUGUGGGCUUUUGCAAGCAUGGCAUGAAGCUGCUAAAGGCUAGAUAUUUCAGAGCAUGUACUGUACUCCAAACCUACCACUCCCUAACAGCUUCAGCUUCGUGCCAUCCACAAUCCU